AUGGGUGAGCUGGGGUUGCGUAUGCCUGCAACCGUUAGCACCCUUAUGAAAGAAAUUUCAACCAUUGGGCGAAAGCCUAGGGGCCUCGCCAAAACUCGUAGGCGCUCAUCGUUUGAAGGGCUAUACCGGCAAACUCACGAAUGCCCCUGAAAUCAGCUCCUCUCCUCAGAGCUUCGCACACUCCUGGUCUUUCUCCCCAGUCUCCCUUUGUUACACAUACAAUCCUCACCCAAACACUCUUUCCCCUUGUCGAGCGGAAAUUUUGUUCAUCUUGAGCACAACGACGCCUGUACCUUCUGGAUGGCGGCAAGUGCUACGGCCAUGUCAACAAAAACAAGGCACCAAAUGCUCCAGCACAAGGGGGGGCGUCCCCCCAUUGCACUACACCAACAAACCAACAAACCUCGUCGGAGGCAAACGCUUCGGGCGACGACUCGGACCUCGAUGAGGAUGAGGUCGAUUCCAAACUCUCGGCAGCUUUGAUCGCGUUUCCCCUCAAGUCCUCGGUAUCGACAGCCUCGGGGCUUUCAGACUCUCGCGAGGCCCGUUCGAGGGACUCCGACGAGGCUUCGGCAGACGAGGGUUACUACGGAGUCGAAAACGACGAUUCAGACGAGAGUUCAAUCGACAACAUCGUCUCGGCACUACUCCUGGCUCGGAACGACAAGAAGAUCCUCGACCGGCACACGUACGAGCCCUCUCGACAGGACAAAGAGCUAUCGAACACGACGCGCCAGGCAAUUCUCUCAAACAUGAUCCUCACGACUGCAGAGCACAACGAGCUCCGUCUCAGGCCGCUCGUUCUCAAUUGUCGCAAGCAGAAGUCCGAAUGGGAAUUUGUACGCAAACUUCCUGUCCUGGAGCUCCCAAAGUUCAUGGCUACAGAGGUGUGUCGAAGCUGCGUGGUGCGCUGCGUUCUGUUUCGUCCUGUGAUCGACAUAACUUUUAUUGGUGCGGUCUAUCAACAGAAGCAUGACUGGGCUCCACGCAAAUAUGAACGCUGUCUCGCUGUCAUCGAGCGACCUUACGGUGAUGCGCCCUCGUCUACUCAUCAUCAACAUCCGUCGGAGGUUCUACGAAUUACCCAUCGUUACUCGGGGGCCUGCAAAAGAGUUCAGGUUAAGGAUGGCAAACUUGGGUACAAGAAACGAGACAAUGACAAGGACCCCGGGAAAACAUGUUCUACUCAACUCAAGGUGGUCAUGCCGGAUAUGAAACCAAAGGAUCUUGGUUUGGGUUACUGACAAGUCUCACUGUUAUCUCCUUUGUCCCUUGUGCAGAUCCUUGUUCAGGCCGACGAUCUUUCAUCGGCGCUGGUGUACACCCUCGGCAACCACGAACGACGUCAACCACCACCGCACGUCCGACGUCCAGCCCCUUUCAUUCGUGCGUUGGCGCAUCAGGAAGUCUUUCGACAGGCCAACACGCCCACGCUCGCAUUUCAAAGUGAGUGUGUGCUCCCAAGUUUGCACAGGAAGUUUUCAUUUCGCAAGACUGACCAUCAGUUCCUUUCUCGUUGAUGAACUCGAUCAUUUCACAGAUAUUAACAAGCGGAUGUCGGUCUGGGAGAAACAGAACGAGGUCAUUCUCCCACAAUACAGAAAAGUCAGCGCAAAGCAGCUGCGCAAUAUGUUCAGGGCAAAAAGUCGAAAGAACGCGCAGCAUGGUUCUUCUUUGUACUCGCUAGCUCGCACGGCUGAAUUGAGGCCGCUAACCCUUCAAAAUGCAACGGAGCCCGAGACACGCGGAGUGGCCUAGUGAGUGAUCACGAUCCAAGCUGCUUGCAAAUCUGAUAAGCUAACAAGCGUCGGAGGUAUUUACCCUUCUCAGCUUUCAGCCUUUCAACGAGAAAACGAAGCAGCCGUUGAUCUGCGUCCUCGCCUCCCUCCACUCCAUCGACGUGUUGAUUUCGUUCGCCACAGCUGGGAACGAUUCAGGAGAUUGGUCGCGGUUCGUUGGACUUGACUCAAGCUAGCGAUAUCUGAACGAGAACCGCGCUCCCCUCACCGUCCUCGUCGCGACUGGCUUGAAAGAUAGACUUGCGUUAGGUGAGAGCCUGGGAAGCACUUGAAAGAAAUUUCCGGACGAGUACAAAGACUCACUUCAUCGCUUACGUCUUGUCUUAUUCAGGUCCUAUGCUUCUGUCCAGUGAUGUGAAGGCAGAGACUCUCGUCAUCUACUUGGAUACGGUAAAGAGUCUGGUCGAGGAGCGCGCCGCGAUCCUUGUAAGGGGUGCGUCAUAAGAUGGGUUGACCAGGGUGUGCUGCCGAUACGACAGUUCUGAGAGGAAUCGCUCACACCCCUCUGUACCGUCGACGAUUCGCAUUCGUACUUCAGAAGCUCGUAAGAAUGGGCACAACCCACCCGGCGAGUCCACCCCCCGGUUGCCGAAUCUUCUCCAAAAUGCCGAAUUCAUCUUGAAAAAUCAGUGGCAACCACCAAAUGUCAUGAUCGACAAAUGUCGGACUGAGCUCAACGCCCUGACACUCUGUAAGCGCCGAUGCUUGCUACUAUAUGACAUGUGCACAUUGCUCUCACAAUUCUAAAUUCCUUACGAUCGUUGAUGAUCGUCCUCUUUUGCAUAUAGGGAAAGAAAAGCACAACCUCAACUUUCACAUACGCCUUUGCCAGUUCCACGUGGUUCAGGCCAUUAUUCGGUGGUCCAGUGACAGCAAUGACGGCGAAAGAGGCAACACCGUCAAGCCUUCUCGGAUUGCUCGCAAGACGUUGAUCAACAUUUUGUACGACUUUCGAUCCAUCAUCCAGCGCUUUCGUUUCAUACGCAACGAGCAUGAAACAGAUGCCGAGGCGACAGAUCGGCGCUCGGCUGAGUUUGAAGCGAAGAAGCAGGCGUUCUUCAAAAAAUCGGACGCAUGGAUCGACAAAGAGUUCCAAAGUUGUCGCAAGCCAUCAGCAAACAGACCAGAGAUCAUCAAGGGGCCCGAACCGAGUCGCAACAGCCGAGAAGAAGAACAAUUGCAAGCGAAGAAGGAUAACUUUCGGGUGUACUUCAAUGUCAACUGGUUCGUACCAGAGUGGAUUGGUGAGUCUUACUUCUUCCUUCUUUACGUGUUCUCUCACAGUUUCUUUGGCUCACACAUUUCCACAAUUCUGAAGAAACAUACACAGAUGAUGGUUUACCCCUUGGUGUUUCAUGGGACGCCAUCAACACCAACAACGUGACUGAACGAGCCUUCAAGACCAUCCAGCAAGACCACCUCCAUUGCCGAGCCAACAAGAGGUAUUGAGCAGCACCGGACUCAAGGAGCGAAUCUCGACGGAAGAGCUGACACUUCUGCUUGCGCUUUGCACCUGCUAGGAUCGACAAUGCUCUAGUUUAUGACAUUUGGAAGGACGUAUCGGAUGCACAACCGGAUCAUAUUCUUCGAGAUACUCUGGCAAACUCGAUGGACAUCUGGGAGCUUGGACAGUUCCGCCCUACCGAAAAGGAAGGACAGUGGGUACUGAGUUUACGGCGAGUUUUUAUCGGUUAUCAAUGCCUUGGCUACCAAGCCCUUACUGACGCGAGAAUGCUUCGGAUUUUUAACUCAGAUCCAUGGAUUUACCAAUCACCCUCGAUAAUCGCGCGCCUUAUUGUCCUUGUCGCGCAUUCAAGCAAACGGGAAAGAAAUGCGCUCAUCUUUGGGCGUGCGAUCUGCUGGUUCACAAUGGCGACUACCACACAGCGAUGAGUGCGUCCGAAAGCUUUGAUCAACCUCGUAGCAGCUUCACCACCAUACAGUCUGACAGUUGGCGUAACCCUUUUCCCGCAGAUCGCAUCAUGGCAGCAGCAGCAGCGGCAGAAGGAAAGUCGGACAUAUGGGACGGAACAAAAUCAAGCAAGCUCCACGACGCCUCCGUCGAAGCCUUGGUCGACGAAGUGUUGGACUCUAAAACGCCAACGACUUUGGAUGACGACGACGAGCCAGACGAGCCCUUGUCGGAGGACGAACUCGACGAACGCGACGAGGUUGAUUCGGAAGUCGAGGACGACGACGAACGCGCUGCCGAUGCCGCUGAUGUUGCUGAAUUUCAGCCCAACUGCUCAACUGUAAAAGGUGAGCAAUGUCUUAACACCUUGCCGGAAUGGAGAGUUCCGUUCUGAUCUGGUCCCGUUCUGUCGCACAGGCAGAUCAGCCAGGAAUCGGCCCUUGCAACCUCAUCGUGGCAAGAAGACAGCCAAACGCAAACUCUCAAAAUUGAAGUCAAAUUCAGGGGUCACGCUCGAGCACUCGGGGAGAGUCGAUGGCAAAGCAACCGCAGCAAUUAGACGUUUGAUACGCGACAAGCUCAAUUCUAACCAACUUCGUCCAAAAACUUCCAAACACACCAUCUUUGACAACGGAACCACUCAGUUUGGGAAGACCCGUGGACGCCCACGUGAGACAAAAGUUUCCAACAACUUAUCCUCGACCAAGGAUCACGCGGCUGCCAAGCGAAUGGCGGCCAUUCCCGAGGUCAUUGACAUCGAAGAACUGAGCGACGACGCGAAGCCACCAUGCCAGCUCGCACCGUUACAAGAAGGACGUCUUCCACUCGACAUCUACGAUGUGGUUCAGCCGGAGGAGCGCCGAAGCAAUGUUUCUGCCGUCAAGGACAUUAUCAAGCUCAUUCCCGACGACAUUCAGAAGGUUGAUUGGGACGUAUUCCUCGACAUUCACGCCGGCGACCACGCACCAGGUUUGAACUUGAGCUCCUUGCGCGAAAUGGCCAAUGUGACUUUGUGGUUGAGGGCUUCGCACAUCGAUGCUUUCAGCAGCGCUAUCAACCGGUUCCACGGCCAAUUGCCUUUCAAUGGUCGAUCAAAAGAGGUUCGCGACUUUGAACCGACGUGCUACGCAUUCUAUCUCGAAGGAGGGAAGUGCGCGAAGGGAAUUGGAGGCACUCGACCAACCGAGCGGCAGCAGGGUGAGUUCGGAUGAGAGUUGGCGAGCAUAGCUUUCUAGCAUCAUUGGCAGGAGGCCUGCCUCUUCGUUGCGCCGCCCCCUCACCAGAUUCUCCUUUCUCGAACACCAGUUCUACCCUUCUCAACUCAUGUCACCAAUCAUUGGAUCCUUGUCGUCGCACGUCUUUCGGAUUGUACAUUUCGCGUGCACGACUCUCUUUUUGGCAGGGAGAACAUGCGCAAGGAGGCAAGCGAAAGUCUCGAUGUGAGUUCAUUCUCUAACGAUCACAAAGCACUUCCAAAGGCAAUCAAUCUCUGCGCAGCCGCUGACGUCAUUCGCCCUUUCUGCCUGCCAGUCAAUCAUCAAUUUCUUGGAGACUCGUGCACAGGGACCGAUAGAGCGCAUCACUGGAGGCAUCGAUCGACCGACGGUCCCGUACAAAAAUUGGAAGCGAUUAAUUGUCAAAGCGGCGAAGGUCGGCGAUCAGCCUCAACCGGAUAGAUAUCCUCAACAGACUGAUGGCAACGCGUGCGGGGCGUUCGUGUGCCGAGCGAUGGAAACCCUGGUGUGCGCAGCAGUCGCCAAAACGGAACCCGAUUGGAGCUGGGGCCUACAGGUUGAGCCUGGAAGAUUUUAUUCCGAGCUUCGAGACUACAUGUUGGAUGUCACCCUGCACUCUCGUCUACGUUGCGACAUGAGCUCGUCUUGGUUUUCGGGCUCGCCGGAGUCUCCAACCAUCUCGUGUGAUACUCGUGAUCCAGACAACGCAUUGGAUAUCAGUAACCCUCAUGGCAAUACACAGCCUGGAGAUUACGCUGGUGAGUUCAAAAUUGAAGCUCCUGCGUGCUCUAUUGUCCUAUAGAGCUCUGCUCUCCUUGUGUCCCUCUUUAUUUCGGAAUGACUUAACCCUGAUCCCAUCACUCGGCCAUUGUUUCGUGCGCAGGCUACAGCAGUGACGACGCUGAAGAAGUCUCACAACUUCUCAGUAAGUUCCGGGACAGAAAAUGCAACUUCUUCACUUUGCUUGUGCCCUUGCUCCACAAUUGUCACUCAAUGAUCCUUCCUCUCUUCGUGUCUGCGUCGCGCUAGUUCCCACCCCUGGGUCUACGAGAUCCGUAACCUUCGAGGGGUCAAGGCUGGCAAAAAAUGUUUCGUCCUCUGUUGACACAGUCAUCACCCAGCACCCACAAGCUCACAGUUUGUCGCACCUGGGAUCUGUACAAGGAAACAAAAUAUCGACAGCACGAACUCGUCUUGCAUCGGACCAAUCCGGCACUCCCUCGAGCCUCAGAAACCGACCAACGCUCGCCUUUCCUUCAUUUCCGUCAGUACUUGCCACGCGCGAUAUCGAACACACCCAAAAAGUAUGCAAGUACUCCGCGUUUCCUCAAGACAGUAGCUCUUCUACGGUUGUAACUCCCAGCAAACGGCGUCAUUCGGAAGCGGAAAGCGUGACCUCGAGCACCAGUCGGCGGAAAGCUUGCUCGCAAUGUCGAGACCGGAAGUUGAAGUGUGAUCUAGGACAGCCACGCUCGAAGUAG